GUUUAACUGCCUCCCUCCCUCUCCUUAACGGCUGAUCGAGACAAAGGUUUAGAGAGAGCUGCUGUUUUCAUCACCUGAAACUAAGUCAACCCAACUGCCACCAUGUCCAGCAAACGUGCCAAGGGGAAGACCACCAAGAAGAGGCCCCAGAGGGCCACUUCCAACGUGUUCGCUAUGUUUGACCAGUCUCAGAUCCAGGAGUUUAAAGAGGCUUUCAACAUGAUCGACCAGAACCGCGACGGGUUCAUUGAUAAAGAGGACUUGCACGACAUGUUGGCCUCUCUGGGUAAGAACCCAUCUGACGAGUAUCUGGAGGGAAUGAUGAGUGAGGCGCCAGGUCCAAUCAACUUCACCAUGUUCCUCACCAUGUUUGGAGAACGUCUCAACGGAACCGAUCCUGAGGACGUCAUCAGGAAUGCUUUCGCCUGUUUUGAUGAGGAGGGAUCCGGUGUGAUUCACGAGGACCACCUGAGGGAGCUGCUGACCACCAUGGGUGAUCGCUUCACUGAUGAGGAGGUUGAUGAACUCUUCAGAGAAGCUCCCAUCGACAAGAAGGGCAAUUUCAACUACGCGGAGUUCACCCGCAUUCUCAAACACGGCGCUAAGGACAAAGACGACAUUUAAAACACCCCUCUCACAUGUUCCACGUUUCACGUUCCAUGCCCUUCCCCCCACCCCACACCCCCUACACACACACCUCAGUCACUGUGCACAAUAUACAGCUAUGUGAAGUCCAUGUAAGCAGUGAAUGAAGGAUGAAUGGAGGUCUAUUUAGCCCUGUGUAUCAAUGAAAAUCAUUCUAGAUUGUUCCAGGCCUCCUCUGUUCGCUGACAUACAGUUCAAAGUCACAAAGAGAAAUCAGAGAAACACACAAAAGGAAGUACUUUACACAUGCUCUACAAAUCCGUACACAUGCUUCAUAAGACUGUGCACAGUGCUGCUCUCAUUGUCAAAAUAUACCUCUCUUUUUCUGUAUUUCCUUUACAAAAACCAGUUUAAAUCUUUCUUUCUUUCACAACUCAUCCCCCCACCCCCAGAAAAUUUUUAGUUUUCCAGGUGACAAUCAUAUCCUUCAGUUUUAGAGGAGAGAAACUAUCACUGGACCCCAGUGAGGAAAAUGCCAAGCAGUCUCGGUCAGUCUGGGUUAUUUCCCAAACACACACCUGCCUGUCUGUGAAGGAACGUGACCUUCCUUUCAGUCAUGUGUAAAAGUUAUAAAAAAAAACCAACAACAACACGUAGAAGAUGUAAACAGAGAAGUUGAAUGUGACCUAAACCUCAGAUACAUCGUUUUUUUUGGGGGGGUCAGUAAAACACUCGUUGAAGGUGUAUGCAGUCUGCAGUCUGUUCAGGACAAUCGAAGAAUCGCUGAGGUAUUCGGGUGGAACUGUCCGAGGGAUCUUGCGAUAUGAAAGAAAUAAAGGAAAUAAAAAAAUCUAUCGUAAAUCUGACUAUUUUUACAAAUAGUUUCGAAGCUUCUUAUCCAGGUUGUAAAUUUAUUUAGCAUGUCGCUAUGGGACCAGAGAGAGAACACAGAAAUAUGGUUGUAGAUGUUUGUAUUGGAGGCAAACAUCAUUUUAUUGUUCACGUGAUUAAAGGUAAACAUCUUGGAGCAACAGUCUGUA